CUCCCUUUUUUAGAUACUGGAUACUUCUUUUAUCACAAUGGCAUUGCCAAGGCCAGGAGAAGACGCAGUCUUCAACACAAGCUUCAUCUGGAAAAGGAUUCCAGGGUAAGGAAAGCUGUGCAACAGGAAGGCUUCAGUCGAAGGAAGCGAGGCUAUAGAGACAUCAAUGACAUAGACAUCAACAUGAAUGAUCCUUUAUUUACGAAGCAGUGGUACCUGAUUAACACUGGUCAAGCAGAUGGGACCCCGGGACUUGACCUUAAUGUAGCUGAAGCAUGGGAGCUGGGAUACACAGGGAAGGGAGUAACCAUAGGAAUUAUGGAUGAUGGAAUUGAUUAUCUGCAUCCUGAUCUUGCAUCAAAUUACAAUGCCAAAGCCAGCUACGACUUCAGCAGUAAUGAUCCCUACCCCUACCCCCGCUAUACAGAUGACUGGUUUAACAGCCACGGCACGAGGUGUGCGGGAGAGGUGUCUGCUGCUGCCAACAACAACAUCUGCGGCGUGGGAGUUGCGUACAACUCCAAGGUGGCAGGUAUUCGAAUGCUCGACCAACCAUUUAUGACAGACAUUAUUGAGGCUUCCUCUAUCAGUCAUAUGCCUCAGGUCAUAGAUAUAUAUAGUGCCAGCUGGGGACCAACUGAUAAUGGAAAGACUGUGGAUGGACCUAGAGAGCUAACACUGCAAGCAAUGGCAGAUGGUGUGAACAAGGGCCGGGGUGGCAAAGGAAGCAUCUAUGUCUGGGCCUCUGGAGAUGGGGGCAGCUACGAUGACUGUAACUGUGACGGUUAUGCAUCGAGCAUGUGGACAAUCUCCAUCAAUUCUGCUAUAAAUGAUGGACGGACAGCUCUGUAUGAUGAAAGCUGCUCUUCAACCUUAGCCUCCACCUUCAGUAAUGGGAGGAAGAGAAAUCCAGAGGCUGGCGUGGCUACAACGGAUUUGUACGGCAACUGCACCCUGCGUCACUCAGGAACAUCUGCAGCUGCCCCUGAAGCAGCCGGCGUGUUCGCCUUGGCCCUGGAGGCUAACUUGGAUCUGACAUGGAGAGACAUGCAGCAUCUGACCGUGCUCACCUCCAAGAGGAACCAGCUUCACGAUGAGGUUCAUCAGUGGCGUAGAAAUGGCGUUGGGCUGGAAUUCAACCAUUUGUUUGGCUAUGGUGUCCUCGAUGCAGGAGCAAUGGUUAAGAUGGCGAAAGACUGGAAAACUGUUCCCGAGAGAUUCCAUUGUGUUGGAGGGUCAAUACAGGAGCCUGAAAAGAUACCACCAAGUGGUAAGCUGGUCCUCACACUUACGACUGAUGCUUGUGAGGGGAAGGAAAACUUUGUCCGAUACCUUGAACACGUCCAAGCAGUUAUAACUGUGAAUUCCACUAGGCGAGGAGACCUCAACAUCAACAUGACCUCGCCGAUGGGAACGAAGUCCAUUUUGCUGAGCCGGCGCCCCAGGGAUGACGACUCCAAGGUGGGUUUUGACAAAUGGCCUUUCAUGACCACACACACUUGGGGAGAAGACCCCCGAGGCACCUGGGCUCUAGAGAUUGGGUUUGUGGGCAGCCUGCCGCAGCGCGGCGUGCUGAAGGAGUGGACGCUGAUGCUGCACGGGACUCAGAGCGCACCAUACAUAGACCAAAUAGUAAAAGAUUAUCAGUCCAAACUGGCCAUGUCCAAGAAGGAAGAGCUGGAAGAAGAAUUAGACGAAGCAGUGGAGAGAAGCCUGAAGAGUAUACUGAGCAAGAACUAGUGCUGUUCUGCAUGACGGUGUCUUUCCUUCCCCAGAUCUCUCUACUCACCUUUCUACUAUCCAAACCUGUGUUAGACAUACUACAGUGAUCGUCUCUGUAGCCAAAUUAUCACUCUCUCUUGAUUUUAAAGUCUUCAUAUCUCAUCAAUAAUUUAAUUACCACUGAAGCAAUCCUUUUUUUUACUCUAACCCACAAAUACACUGUCCCCCACCAAAUACUAUGUACAGUUUGUGACUGUAAAUUAUUUUUCUUUUGUGUCAUACGAAUA